GUAAAUUUUUUAAGUUUUUAAGCCUGCUGCGCCUGUUGGUAUCCAAUUUUUUUUAAAAAAAAUGGGUAACGAAAUAACACCAAAAUCUGCAGAAUUAACAGCUCGCCAAUUAAUGGGACAAAAAGACGCGAUUGAAAAUGAAUUGAAGGAAUUGGAACAGAUACUAAAAGGACAAGGUGUUGAAAUGGAUGAACCUUUAGUUGAUGAGUCAGGAUUUCCACGCGAUGAUAUCGAUUUAGUAGCCGUUAGAACUGCUCGUUCAAAAUUAAUUUCCUUACGAAAUGAUCAUAAAGAUAUAAUGAAACAAAUUGAAGAAGCCCUUCAUGCAAUGCAUGCAGAAAAUAAAGCAAAUAAGGAAGAUAAGUCGGUUGAAACAGCCAUAAAUCGUCCGAGGCCUUUUGCUAUCGUUAAUUCGGUAGCACCAGAUUCACCAGCAAGAGAGGCAGGUUUAUUAAAAGGAGAUGAAAUUACUCGAUUUGGGUCGAUCCAUUCGGGAAAUCACCAAAAAUUACAGGCUUUAAACACAUAUGUAGUAGAUAAUGAAGGGAAAUCCAUUAAUGUAACAAUUGAACGCGGAAAAGAAAAAUUAGUAUUACAACUGACACCAAAACGCGGAUGGGGUGGAAGAGGACUUCUAGGUUGUCAUAUUAGUUUAUUAAAGUAAUAUUCAUUACAUCAUUAUUCUUAAAAUUUUCUUGCAAUUUAUUCACAAAUAAUUGGAAAUUAAAUUGGCUAAAAAGCCUACAUGCAAAAUUAAUUAAAAAAUAUAUAUAUAUGCGCAAAAGUCCAUUUACAUUUACUAAAUUAAAUACUAUUAAAUAUGCAAUGUUUCUGAAUUCUUAUUAACAAAAUGCAAUUAAAUAUUAAUGUCUGAACGCUUUAGGCAAGCAAGGCAAACAAAUAUGCCUCUACUAUCUUUACCUUGUAGGAUUAUCUAGAUAAUGGACCUGAUCUUCUUAGUAUU